AUACACACACACACGUACACACACACACACACAGUCUCUGUUACACACCAAGCUGCUGAGGAUCAACCGCUAAUCCGCGAAUUCUCUCCUUCUGCUUCAGGAUUAUUUCCCGAUUAUUGAACAGAAACACUGUGAAUUCGGUGUUGAUCAUCUGUACUGAGCCAUGGAGAAGGUCUUCAUCUUGCUCAGCGUAACCCUCCUCACCACAGGUACUCAGGGUCAGACGCAGAGCUCAGACAUGCAGGAGCUGGCCGGCCGGAACGCGGACUUCGCCAUGGCGCUGUACCGCAAGAUCGCUAGCACGAGCGAUGAUAACUUUGCCUUCUCGCCUUUAGCAGCCUCACUGAGCCUGGCGUCUCUGGCAGCAGGAGCCGACGAGAACACGAGAAAGGAACUGCUGCAAACGUUAAACCUGGCUCCUAUGGAUAGAGAAGGAGAACCGGAGAGGAUCCCGGCAUUGCUGCAGCAGAUGAAGGAAGCUGUGGCACAGACUGUAGUGACGGGUCUGUUCAUCAGCAGGCAAGUCCAGGUCGAGUCCAGCUUCAGCAGCCUGGUGAAGAAGUUCUACAAUGCAGAUGUGAUGAAUGUGGAGUUCUCCAACACACAGGCCACUAAAGCCAGCAUCAGUGAGUACAUCACAAGCAACACAGGGAACAAGAUCAGGGACGUGCUGGACACAGUGGAUCCUCAAAGCCAACUCAUGCUCAUCAGUGCUGCGUAUUUUACAGGCCAUUGGAAGCUCCCUUUCAAUUCCAGCUUCACUCAGGAGGAACGAUUCUACAUUGAUAAGUAUCACAUCGUCCAGGUGCCGAUGAUGGUCCACUCUGAUAAGUACUACCUGGCGUAUGACCCGUCUCUGAAGGUGGGCAUUUUGAAGCUGCCAUGUACUGAUGGGACUGCCAUGCUGGUCCUCCUACCAGAUGAAGACGUAGACUACACAGCUGUGGAUGAAGCCCUGACUGCUGAAGUCUUCCUCGGAUGGGUAGCUAAGCUUAAGAAGACGAAGCUAGAGGUCCAGAUACCCAGGUUCUCCGUGGAGUACUCCUUCUCCCUGAAGAAAAGCCUCCUCGGUCUGGGCUUCACCAAAUUCCAGGAUAGUAGUGCAGAUCUGCAAUACCUCAGCAAAUCCUCUGAGCUGAAACUGUCUGAGGCACUGCAGAAGGUCCUGGUGGAAGUGGAUGAGAAAGAAGGCUUGGAUGCUCCGUCCUCCAGCAGCAUCUUCAUGGAGACUCUUCCUCCAAGACUCACCUUCAAUCGGCCUUUCCUGUUCCUCGUCUAUCACGAGGCCACUAAAAGCCUGCUACACAUGGGCCGUGUCAUUGACCCCACUAAGAAGUAGUCGUGUUCACAUUCGUGCUUCACCUAAAACAUGUUUAGCAAAAGCUUUUUACUGUGCACUGAUUAGCAUUCCUGGGAACUGCAUUGUACCAAAGUUUACAUCUGUAUGUAAUGGAAUACCAUAAAUAGUUAUCAACAUGCAGUAAUUAAUCAAUAUGAAUAGAAAUACUUACUCGUCAAUAAACUGUAUAUUUAUAAUUCACCUGGAUUAAAGUCAUUAUGACUGUGCUCCUGGAUCUGAUUAGUCAGAAUUUUAAUUGAACGCACUCAUUCGAAUACAUUACAGUUUCUAUAGUAACAUCUCAUGCACAGGGAUGUGCAGGUGGUCGAUCUACAUAAAUGGAUUAAAAAACGUGUGUUUGUUGAUAUGGUGAAUUUUUCUGUAAGAUGUUUCUGGAACAUUUAUGGAAGGAGUCUCCAGUGUCAGUGUCCGUGCUUUGUAGUUUUCUGACAGUUUUCAGGAAGAUAAAUAAAAAUCGCAGUGGUCACCUGAUUACUGUGGUGUCAGAGGAAACACUGGAGGAUACGUUACUGGUGUAAGUGUGUAAGUAACAGUAAGUCAGCUUCAUUGCUCCUCUCUGUCAUGUUUUAUUCCUUUCUUCCAGAAUUCUGUGUAAAAUUCAUAAAGACUUUAAAAACUUCAGGAAGUCA